UUCUGUAGCAAAUAGAUCUAUGAAAAGGGAAAGAUAGCCAAAAAGGGCGAGGGGCUUCAUAUUUCUAUUUCCUGAGCCAGAGGAUCUGGGAAAAGGAAAGGAAAGCAGACUCAAAUUUCACAGAGAAGAAACACACCGUCUACUGUCCGAGCCUUCUCCCACCAAAUAAAAAAGAAAGGGGCCUUCUCAAAAGUAAAGAAGAAGAAGAAUUCAAAGUCUGGGUCUUUGUCUAAGCAUCAGUUCCAAGUCUGGGUGGGACAGAGAAAAUGGUGUUCAUUGAAGAAGAGACGAUUAAGCAGCUCCAUGCUUUGAUGGAAAACACUGAUAGCCAACUGAUGAAGACUUUCAAGAAUGUGCAUCAGGGGUACCAAUCUGAGACUUUGGUGAGGUUUCUAAAAGCCAGGGACGGGAAUGUAUCUAAAGCCCAUAAAAUGUUAACUGACUGUUUGACCUGGAGGAUCCAAAAUGAGAUUGAUAAUAUAUUAGCUAAGCCAAUCAUGCCUUCUGAGUUGUACAGGGAAAUUCGGGAAUCUCAGCUCGUAGGGAUGUCCGGAUACUCAAAAGAGGGCCUCCCUAUCAUUGCUGUUGGUCUGGGGCUAAGCACAUUUGACAAAGCAUCUGUUCACUAUUAUGUUCAAUCACACAUCCAAAUGAAUGAAUACCGUGACCGGGUCAUAUUGCCUUCUGCUACCAAAAAAUUUGGGCGCCAUAUAGGUACAUGUAUAAAGAUAUUGGACAUGACUGGUCUUAAGCUUUCUGCUCUAAAUCAUAUUAAGCUACUGACUGUUAUAUCUACCAUCGAUGAUCUUAAUUAUCCCGAGAAGACUGAAACAUAUUACAUUGUUAAUGCACCAUACAUAUUUUCAGCUUGCUGGAAGGUUGUGCGCCCUCUUUUGCAAGAAAGAACUAGAAAGAAAGUUCAAGUCUUGUCAGGGUCAGGAAGAGAUGACCUGUUGAAAAUAAUGGAUUAUUCAUCAAUCCCUCAUUUCUGCAAAAGAGAGGGCUCGGGGUCUUCAAAGCAUUCUAGGAAUGGUACAGUUGAUAAUUGUUUUUCCCUGGACCAUGACUUUCACAAGCAGCUAUACGAUUAUGUUAAACAGCAAGCAGAGCAUUUAGCGCCCGAUGCACUAAAGAAAGAAGGGUCCUUUCAUGUGGACAUCCCCGAACCAGAUUCUCAUGACACAAAGAUAGCUGAAACUUUGGAAUCAGAAUUUCAAAGACUGGGAGAAAAUGGCAUUUCGAAGUCAGCUCCAUGAACAAAACCUGGGUCUGCACUAUUGGCUAGUCGGGUUUCUGUUCAGAUGAGAGAAUGUUACUACGCUUAGGCAUAAAAUAUCUUAGUAGUUCUACCGGCUGGCCAGCUGGCAUCUUCUCGAUGCCGGCUGGAGUCUGGGUGGACAAUCAAGUGGAUAAUAAUUCAUAUUGCCUGAAUAUGCAAGAGCCUAUGGUUGCUCAUCAACAUAUGCUACUGCUUUACUAGUUAAUUAAUGCUUGUUUAUGAAAUGCAUAAAGACAUUCAUAACAUUAUUCACGCUAGAACACCAAUAUAAGUAUGAAAGUAAUAACAAGACAAGCUGGCAGGAAUGUAGUAUAUAGUUAUGUACUUAUAUACCCAAAUCCCGAG